AUGGCGAAGAUAUCCACAACUAAAGCACGCCGUCAACGACGUGUCGUAAACCCGGACAACGUCAAACCUCCGCGGCCGCUCAACAAGUUCUUUCUCUUCAAGCAAGCUUUUGUCGCCGAUUGGCCGGAGCCAAAGCCGGAGAAUAAAGUCAUGGUCAAGGCCGCUGGCGAUGCCUGGAAGAACCUUCCUCCUUCCGAGAUUGCUCACUGGACGAGAGUCCAAGAAGAGGCCGCAAUGGAGCAUGCGCGUCUCUACCCAAACUACAAGUACGAACCGGCGAAGAGGGGCGAGAAAACCGCCGCUCGCGCAAGGGCAAGGAGGAAGCGCGCCGAAGACACAUACGACUGGGAUACGCCGAGCCUACGUGCGAGUUCGCUCGAAAGCUCGCCUGCGUCAAGCUCAGUAGCGCUCUACCAUCCGCAUUCCGAGCCGGCGUCUCCCACGCCACCAAUUCGCCCAAUCGAGCCCGAGCUGUGGGUGCCGCCGACAGGCGGGCCCAACGAUGAAGAAUACAUACAUGAAAACACGCUUUCGUCACUACCUGAGUUUGCGAUCGAGACCUUCGAAACGCAAGUGCAGGAACCCGUCCCGACAAAGCAGCAGGACGACUGGGCUCAGUACAUCGACCCAGAUCUCCUUGCGAUGGACGAGUAUGACGGCUACUCUAAGGAUCAUCCCGCACCAGGAGAGCUCGAUGAUUCCGGUUUGGACGUCCAACCGCAAACGGACCGGAUAACGGCGUCUCCCCUCCUAUCCCCGCGGCCGAUGACAUGCAUCGACCCCAGUCUGCUAUAG